AUGCCUCUCCCUCUUACGUCUUUGGCAAGAGCCAGUGCCUCCCCUUGUGCGGUGGCAGGCAGCACCACCACCGGCACCGCUGUCGCCGCGGGUAGCAGCAGCGGCGCCGACUGCUACGUCAUUGUAUGGGUCGAGGGCCGAGAACGGCCGGUGUACGCGUGCACGGCACCUCUUCCCUCCAGUGGGCCCUCUGCGUCGUUGCCCUCGGCCGCUUCUGCCGGCGCCGCUGCCGUUCCAGCGGUGAACGUGGUGACGCUGCGGCGCUUCUUUGCCGCCCUCGUCCUUCUCUCGUCCCCGCCGCCGACGGCGAGGGCUCGGGCAGGCGGGCACUGUGAAGCGCUGUCUUGCGCCGCCUCCUUUACUCAAGAGACCGCCCCCGUGCUGCGCGCAACCCUUCCGCUGGGCUUGGUGGGCGCCUUCGGCGCGUCGCCGCCGUACUACUACGUCGCUGUGUUAGCCCCAAGCACUGCUGCCGUAGUGGGCAACCAGCUGCUGGCCUGGCUGGCCUCCAGUGUGCUGGCAGCGCUCCAUCCCGACUCGUGGGCAACGGCUGUGUCGCCGACUGGGCAGGCGCGCGGCACGGCGCUUCUAUCGCUCGCCGCUGAUGCACCAGACUUGUGCUCGCAACUUGCUCUGUACGGUGCUGCCGAGGUCGGUAGAGCGCGCGCCGGCGCCGCCGCGAUGGAGGACUACGGCGUUCGAGAGGUGUUGGCGGACAGCGCUGGACAAUCCUCCCUAGCUGCGGUGCUCCAGGAGUUCGAGCCGUGCCGUGACUCACCCGUGGCUGUUGCGAUCAGCACCCUCCUCGGAAGAUGCUGGGUGCCCUUCGCCGUCUCGCCCGCCACAACCGCAGCCUCCCUGCACAUCUCGCUCGCCGGCUACUUCACCCUUCCGCUCCCGUCCUGUCUCCGUGCAAGCAGCUCUGCCGCUUCACCUCUGGUGCCAACCCUCUACGCGUGCUCGGCCGGCUGCUGGGAGGCGCUGCGUCUCCUCGCCUCCUUCUGCAGCCGUCGCACACCGGAUCUCCAGCAAACCAGCAGCGUGGACGCCGCGCCUCUGGCAGUUCUCCCCCUCUGUGGCAGCAGCAGCUGCAGCAGCGGCGGUGCGGUGGCCCUGAUUGCAGCGAGCGUCGGAUACGUGCACCCAGACACGGCCCUGUACCAGGCGGUGCUUGUCCACGGCGAGCGUCCCUCCCGCGGCGGCGCUGUCAACUGCGCUGCUCCGUAUGUUCACUACUUGACCACCAGCGAGGUCGCUGCCUGCGGAACUCCCUGGCAUCCCGACGCACUACGCAGCGUGUGGGCAUGA